UAUGCUAAGGCACAGAGUACUUCUGUGCUGGAAGAUUUGGGUUCAAUUUCGCACAUAUUUUCCGACAAGACUGGAACCUUGACAGAAAAUCUGAUGUUAUUUUUAAGGCUUCCCUCAAACUCAAUCCACAUCGUCCACUUUGUUUACAUCCAUCUUUCUACUUACGUCAGAGACAGGAGAAGCAUCUUCGACUUGUUAGAGCUAUCCUCUCAUAUUUAUGGAGAGAAAGAGGCAUCAACAUCAAGAAAAUGCGUUUCAAGAUGGCUAAAAGAGAAACAUCUUGAUGCCUCUUAACAAGACGGACGAAAUAGAUGCCGAUGUGUCUUUGUCUUAACACGACGGACAAAAAGUAAAAUGGUGACCUUCCUCGUCUAAUAUUUUCCUGUCUAGGCUUGCCGAACGAUAUUCGAGAUGGGGCUUGGUACAACAAUCCUGGCAAUCAUGUGGAUGCCAAAGAAAGAGCAAGCGUGUCUUUGCAUGACAUCAAGAGGCAAUUAGGCCAAAGUCAAUUCGAAGACAGGUUAGACGAACAACAGCAGCGGCAAGAGUUAGGGCCGCUUGGAAGUUGACCGAUCUAGAAGCAUAUCUGUGACCUUUGAUCACUAUCUCGGAGCAUAUUUUCCUAUGGCCUUAUAACCUUUAUUUUCAAAAGGAAAAAGGGUAGAUAUCUGAUAUGCGAGCAGCUAGAUCGCUCAACUAGCACCCUCUAAAAGAGGAGAAACGCAGAAGAAUGGCCGAAUCUUCUCCAAGUAGCAGUACUAGAGGAGGAAGUCCGAGUCCGAGAAGUACAAG